GUAAACAUAACCUCCAAAUUACUAAUCCGCCACACUGCAUUCCCAAUAGUAUUCCUCAAAAAUCAAAAUUACAAAAAAAUUGAUAAAACCAGGAAUUUUAAAUCACAAAAUUAGAUCAAAAUUGUGCUACUAUUCAUCAAAUAUUAUUCGUAGUCUAAAUUCUGGUUUGAAUACUCAGAGAAAAAUUCAAAUGUAAACUCAGCCGAUUCAUGCAAGUAUUUUUUCACCAACUGUGGAGAAUAGGUAAAGUUCAGUUAUUCAUCUUGCCCUUAAAUUUCCCAUGAUUAAUCUGUAAGGUUAUCUUGAACUCAUGCACCUCUGCUCCUCGUUCAAAUUUAAUUGAUUGAUCUCCAGAAUGGAAAAUCAGCUGGACAUUAUCUACAAAAGGCUCAGAACAUUGGAAAGUAAGAUUUUUGACUCAGAUGAUGUGAAAGAAGAAUUCAGCAAAUCAAAGUCAAUCUUACAGGUGCUCAACGAUUCGCAAGAAACUCUCUCCUCUGCUCUAGCUGGUCAGUCAAAAAUUCAACAGUAUCUACAAUCAUUGGAUAAACUAGAUGCCGUUCUAGACCCCAAUUAUGAGAAUAAGUUCAUUGAUUUGGAAGUCAAAAUAUCUUUAAUUUUAAACAAUCAUGAGAAUAUUAUAAAGUGUGCUAAUUUGCUAAGUGAAUUUGAUAGGAAAAAAGACACAGUACUAAGUGAAAAUUUGUCAAAAAUUAUUGCUGACCAACCAAAUUUGAGUAAAGUUAUAGAUCAGCAAAUUGUGGUGAAAGGAGCGGUAGAAAACCAAACUAAAAAAAUCAACGAUUUAAUGUUGAAGUACACAUCAUUUAUGGAAAGUUUAAGCAACUAUGUUUCGCUUCUUGAUAAAAAGUUAACAGAGUUGGAGAACGCAAAGAUUUCAGCAGAAGCAGAAUGAAGGCAAAUUUUGCCUAUUUUUAAAAGUUUAUUUAACUUUUUUUGUAAACUUGCAAAGGUCUAACAAUUUUUGAGGGGAUCUCAGAAAAUGUGCCACUUAUUUUACUGUCCAUUUUGAUGCAUAAUAAAAUUUGCGAAUAACUCUAUAACUUUUCUCUCAAAACUGUAUAAUUUACGUAUUUAUCGUGUUGCAUAUAUUAUUUCACCAAUUUAUACUUUGCUAACAAUCCAAAGAAGAGAGGAAAAAAGAAUAAAAUAAUUUAAUCAGA